AUGUUGCGUGUGCUGUCAAUGUGCAACAACAACAGCAUAAGCCGCCUACUUUUGGUGAUAAUUCUGUUUGUUUUUGUUGCUCUCGUUGCCACAAACAAUGCCAAGUCAGCCGAAGCGUUGGAUUUCGAUGCGGCUUUUGCCGCUGAGGAGCUUGGACACUCAUUGCAGUACGAGAGGGGAAGUUGCAACAGCAACACUACGAGUAUUAGUGGUGCCACAAAGCAAGCAUGCAUAGCUGAUGCGACUAUUGCAGAAGAAGGGGAAGAGAAAUGGCAUACGACUAGAGCAACGACACAAAUUUUAUCUCGCCACAAACGCUUCUUGGCAUUUCCAUUGGGUUCAUCAUUUUCGUGCGCCGUGUGUUUGACUACCGGUGUUGUUGGCAAUCCGAACUACCAGUACUUAAGCAUGGGUUUAAAUUGGGGAUUCGCCUACGAUCUACCAAAUGCUACUUGGGUCCUCGAUCAUGCACAUGCCCUGGGACGUAGAAAGAAUGAUGAAGAUAUACAAAAAGUGGAGGAGCCAACUAUUAAGCGACGCCACCGUAGAGAACUCUAUCAAAAAGUGGAAACAAUUAUGAACAAGUGA